UCACGACAACAAAAAAAAAAAAAAAAAAAAAAAAAGAUAAAACUUUCCCAGAUCCACAAACCCACCCAUGUCUCUCUCCGUUUUCACAACAAUGGCGAGAUCCAGUAGAAUCUGAUCCAAUCUAAUCUAGGGUUCCAAGAAAUGGAGUCCGAACUCAAAGAUCUGAAACCUAAAUCGGCCCCUGAACCACCUAGGGCGGAGCCAAUCGACGAUCGCUCCACCAAGGACGAUCGUCCCCUCCUGAAAUCGGACUCGAUCCCGAGCACGAGCCCGGCCUCCCAAUCGCCACGCUCUUCCGACAACUUGGAAGAGCUCGAGAAGAAAUACGCCGCGUAUGUGCGCAGCGACGUGUACGGCACCAUGGGACGCGGCGAACUGCCGUGGACGGAGAAGCUGCUGCUCGGAGCUGCGCUGGUGACGCUGGUUCCGAUACGUGUGGUUUUGGCGCUGGUUAUAUUGGUUUUCUAUUACUUGAUUUGUAGGGUUUGCACCAUGUUUUUGGCUCCGAAUCGGGAGGAGGAACAGGAGGACUAUGCGCAUAUGGGUGGGUGGAGGAGGGCCGUCAUUGUUCAGUCCGGGAGGUUUCUUUCUAGGGUUAUGCUUUUCGUUCUAGGGUUUUAUUGGAUUAAAGAUACCUAUCGAAAGCCCGAUGACGCUGGCGAAAAUUUGAAUGCCGAGGCUGAGGCCAGAGAUGAAUCUGAAGAACCCGAACGACCUGGGGCAAUUAUUUCUAACCAUAUAUCUUAUUUGGAUAUAUUGUAUCACAUGUCCUCCUCAUUUCCAAGUUUUGUUGCAAAGAGAUCAGUGGCUAAACUUCCUCUAGUUGGUCUCAUCAGUAAGUGCCUUGGAUGUGUUUAUGUCCAGCGAGAGUCAAAAGCAUCCGACUUCAAGGGAGUUUCUGGUGUUGUCAAUGAAAGAGUUCGAGAAGCUCAUCAGAAUAAGUUUGCCCCAAUGAUGAUGCUUUUUCCAGAGGGCACAACUACAAAUGGAGAUUUCCUCCUCCCAUUUAAGACUGGUGCAUUUUUGUCAAAAGUUCCGGUGCUUCCUGUGAUUUUGAGAUAUCCAUACCAGAGAUUCAGUCCUGCCUGGGACUCCAUAUCUGGGGUGCGCCAUGUGAUUCUUCUUCUCUGUCAAUUUGUAAAUCACAUUGAGGUUAAGCAGUUACCUGUUUACCACCCCUCACAACAGGAAAAGGAUGAUCCGAAACUUUAUGCUGAUAAUGUGCGAAAGUUGAUGGCUUGCGAGGGUAAUCUGAUAUUGUCAGAUAUUGGUUUGGCAGAGAAACGAAUAUAUCAUGCUGCUCUCAAUGGUUUGUUUUGACAACGGUAAUUUGGAUUCUUCCUCUGUAUAUUCAUUCUAUGAUUCUAUUACGUACAAAGAACUAAAAAAUUGUAUAGAAAAUAUGCUCCGAAUGAGCAUUCUUACUGUCUCAUCAGUUGAAUAUGUAUCUAUCUGGAAUAUUGUUGCGGAGCUCAGUGGCACUUUAAAAGCUGGCACUUUCCUGAGGUUUGCACAUUUCCUGUUUGGCUUAAUAGAGAUCCGGAGAGUCAAUCUAGUUGGUUAGUGUGUGUUUUGGUUUAAUCCAGCAGCUAUUGUUGCCUUAUAACUUCUGUUGUAAUGCUUUGAAGGUCACACUAGUUUAGGGUUGUUGGUCUGUUUUACCUGAACUGGCACCUCACUAAUUAAUUUCCUUGAUAAGGAGCUGUAAUUUUGGUUUGCCAAUGGCCUUUGUAUGUACUAUAUCAGUGUUUGUUUACCAGCUGCUUCUACCAUGUGUAUUUAGAGCUCUAUGUGGUGGAGCCAAGUCUGAGGAAUCAAAUAUGUCAGUUACUACUUUUAGCUCAUUAUAA